GAGGAAUUGUGACCACUUGGAUAUUAUAAUAACUAUAAUAGCUAUUAGGCCUAUUGUUAAAAUGUUCAACUGUGGUUUCAAAAGAACGUAUGUCGACGCGAUUGCCCUGGGAAGCUAAGCAGGAAGUGCUCAUAAUGUUACAAAACGCCGCGAGACGUCCUGGAGUUGGAGUGGGUGUUUUGGUGACAGACUCGGCUCACCCAGGUUCUGUUCUACUCGGGAAGAGAAAAAGCGUUAUGGGGAAAGGGAAGUACCAACUUCCCGGCGGCCACUUGGAGUUUGGGGAGACGUGGGAGAAGUGUGCUCAGAGGGAGGUGUUAGAAGAAGCUGGUCUGCAUUUGGUGAAUAUCCGCUUUGCCUCUGUGGUGAACUCAAUCAAACUGGAGGAGCAAUAUCACUAUGUCACCAUCAUUAUGCAAGGAGAAUUGGCCAAUGAGCAGUCCCAAGAACCCCAGAACUUGGAACCCGAGAAGAAUGAGGGAUGGACAUGGACACGGUGGGACCAGUUUCCUACUGAGGACCAGCUCUUUUUGCCACUGGCUGGACUGAGACAACAAGGAUACCAGCCCUUCCAGGAACAGAAGUAGAAACUUUGAAGUAACUCAUAAAUUGUGUCGUUAGUCCAAGAACCUUUUCAUUUUGCAAGGGCAUUUAGUGUUCACUUUGUUUUCCAACAUAUACAAGGGGACAUAGGAAUUUAGACAAAAGAUGUUUCAUGUAAUGUAGAGCACUUUGGAUUACCUUGUAAUGAAUUGUACAGUACAAAUAAAUUUG